GCGGAAAAAGGGUCACGUGUCUACGCUCGUUUUGCUGUUCAGUGUGGCAGUGGUCGUGUUUUAGAGGCAGUGAAGGUGCACCAUGGGCCGCCUGGAUGGGAAAGUGAUUGUGUUAUCAGCUGCUGCACAGGGGAUUGGACGUGCUGCCGCAAUAGCCUUUGCAAAGGAGGGAGCUCAAGUCACAGCGACGGAUAUCAACGGAGAGAAGCUGAAGGAACUGGAAGGCAUUCAAGGGAUUAAGACCAAAGUGGUUGAUGUGACAAAGAGGGACCAAGUUGAAGCCCUUGCAAAGGAACAUGACCAUGUGGAUGUGCUGUUCAACGUUGCUGGAUUUGUGCAUCAUGGUUCCAUCUUGGACUGCGAAGAGGCCGACUGGGACUUCACGAUGAAUACAAAUGUUCGGAGCAUGUACCUCAUGUGCAAGGCGUUCCUGCCCAAGAUGUUGGCAAAGAAGUCAGGAAACAUCAUUAACAUGGCAUCAGUGGCCUCGAGCAUAAAAGGUGUUGUGAACCGAUGUGUCUAUAGCACCUCCAAGGCUGCAGUGAUCGGCCUCACCAAGUCCAUAGCUGCAGAUUUCAUUGAACAAGGCAUACGCUGUAAUUGUGUGUGUCCUGGUACUGUUGAUACACCAUCACUGAGGGGUAGGAUCCAGGCCCAGCCGAACCCAGAACAGGCUUAUAAGGACUUUAUGGCAAGACAGAAAACUGGCAGAAUGUGCACAGCUGAAGAGGUUGCAUACUUGUGUGUAUACUUGGCCUCAGAUGAGUCAGCCUAUGUGACCGGGACUGAACAAAUCAUUGACGGAGGGUGGAGACUCUGAGAAACCUAUGGCAAGAUCAUCAAUGUAGAAGUGGAUGCAGUAGUUUUUGUUAUGAAUGCAAAUCUCCUGAAUUGAAAUAAAAUACACAAAGUUUUAAUUUGAUUCCACUUUCUUUUCUUUUUUUUUUUUUUUUUUAAAUGUAGGAGCAUUUUACAGCUUAAUAAAUAUUGUAGCUACACAGUGACAAACACUGUAUAAUGAAUGGAUUAUCAGAGCCUUAUCAGUCCUAGAACAAAUGCGUUACAUGUACAAUCUGUGUGAUUUUGAAUGUGAAUAAACAUUGUUUGAUUUAGUAAAAGAAAACCCUCAGCAUUUUCCUUGACAGACUCCAUUCCCAAGCACUGCCCCCCCCUUAACCAAACACUAGAGUGCUCAGUACAUACAUGCUUGGCCAUCACUAAUCCUCCUCAUUCCUAUUUCCCAGCUGGUGUAUCUACCACAGGACUGUCCGCUACUGCUGCUACUGACGUCUCACUAGUCAUGGCAGUGUUUAGGAUAUGAGGAGCCUGAGGUCAGAGCUAGACAGAGAAACAGAAGUGAAGGAACUGCCCAUCAAUGGCCAACCCCACCCACUGGCUUGAUGUACUGUGCUAAAGAAGUGACUGGACCAGAC